AUGGUGCACUACAUCGGCCCGACGCUCCGGCGGAACAUUCACUCGUACAAGUACUCGGGUGUGGACGACUCGCUGGUGUCCAAGUAUAUCCUUGGUCCCUACUGGAACUGGCUCGUGCAGCUCUUUCCGCUGUCGGUUGCCCCGAACACGAUUACCCUGAGCGGCCUCGUGCUCGUCUUUGGCAAUGUGCUUUCGCUCCUCUACCUCGACUGGACGCUCGACAAUGCGACCGGUCUGCGCAUCAACUUUUUGAGCUCGCGCAGCGGCGAGCUGCCGGUGGUGCCGAUGCUGCCGCACAAGGGCCUGCCCGUCGCGCUCGAGGCGUCGGCCACGCCGACCGGUACGCCGGCCGUUCCCGGCUGGCUCCUCUUUGUGUGGGCUGCGUCGCUGUUCAUGUACCAGAGCCUGGACAGUAUCGACGGCAAGCAGGCGCGCCGCACCGGCAUGGCAGGGCCGCUCGGCGAGCUGUUUGACCAUGGCUGCGACGCGCUCAACACGAUCCUGGAAAACAUUCUCGUGGCCUCGGCCAUGGGCCUUGCACGCUCGUACUGGGCAAUGUUUGCGCUGGUCGCGUCCAUGGCCAACUUUUACCUGACGACGUGGGAAGAGGUGCACACCCACACGCUGUAUCUCUCCGCCUUCUCCGGACCGGUCGAGGGCAUCCUGAUGAUCUGCGCAGUGUACAUGAUCGCCGGUGCAUUUGGCGGCACGACCUUUUGCCUGCACGGCGUGCUGAACAUGACCGGCCUCGCCAAGAUUGCGUACGUGCGUGAAAACUUUGCGUGGAUGAACUGGCCGCUGAGCGACGUGCUGAUCAGCCUCGCGGUCCUCGGCCUCGUCGGCAACACGCUCGCGAGCUACGGCAACGUAUACAAGGUAUGCAUCCGCGAGAAGCGCUCGGUGCUCACGCCGAUCGUCGGCCUGCUGCCGUUCGCGGUGCAGGCCACGGCAAACGUCGCCUGGAUGCUCGGCCACGAAGCGCGCUUGAUUGUGCACGGACCUGUUUUCAUUCCUUUCCUGUGCUACUGGGGCCUAAGCUUUGCUUACCUGGUCGGCCUGCUGAUUGUGUCGCACGUGUGCAAGGGGCCGUUCCCGUACUGGAACUGGCUGUACAUCCCCAGUAUCCUCGGCGCGAUCGACGCGCACCUGCCGCAGCCGAUCCUGCAGACGUCGCUGCAGGCCACCGAGUACACCGUGUACGGUGCCGUGGCGCUUUCGCUCGCCGUGUACGGCUACUUUGUCUACGACGUGAUCACCACGAUCACGAAGGAAACCGGCAAGCCGUGCUUCCGCGUGCUGAAGCACUCCGAGUAG